AUGGUCGAAAUGAGCGAAGGCUUCAGCGCCGAAGACUGGAGGCUCAUCGGAACGGAACUAGAUGCUCGACAUCCGGACAGAGCGUCGUCGUGGGAGGUGGUUCCAGACGGUCUGCUGGUCAGGAUGUGGACUAUCGACAACAUCAACGACAUUACGUACGGCCCUUUUGCCAUCAAGCCCGAGAAUCGUUCACUGGUCGAGCAUCAGGUCAAUCAGAUGAACACGGCUCCGUGUCCUUUAGGCGAUAGCUGUCCGAGCCGAGGCAUACCCCAAGAAGGUCUCACAACCGAGGAAUGGGAAGCGCUCAACAGGGCGGUGCAUCAGAACGAGAAGACAUCAUACGUAAUGGUGCACGAUGGCCUUGUGGUACGGCAACAUACGGUAGAGGGCGAUGAGGUAGAGGGCGAUGAGACCAGUAUUACUUUUGGACCGUUUGCCAUCGCAACUCAAUACCGUCCGCAGGUGGAAGACUUUGUCCGCGCGAGUAGCGCAAACCAGUGA